GAGGCCGGAGGAUUUCCGAGGCGGGAGGAAGCGUAGCUGCCGGGGUCCGGACGAGCCCAAGGCAUGGCGGCGGAGACGUCCUCGGAGCGGGAGGCCGAGGCCGAGGCGCUGGCCGCGGCGCGAGAGCGAAGCCGGCUCUUCCUGAGCGGCCUGGAGCUGCGCCUCCUUCAUACAGACACUCACACUAGCACCUGUGUCUCCACUGCAGGGAUCGCUGCCCCGGUUGUCUUCUUUGUGGACUAUGCUUCUAACUGCUUGUAUAUGGAAGAAAUCGAAGACUCGGUGACUGUUAGAGGUUAUAUCCAGUCCACUAUGGAGACCGAAAAAGACCCCCAGUGCCUCCUGGGCUUGGCCAGGAGAAUCGGGCAGGUUCUGGCUAGAAUGCACGACGAAGACCUCAUUCACGGGGACCUUACCACCUCCAACAUGCUCCUGAAGCGGCCCCUGGAGCAACUGAACAUUGUGCUCAUCGACUUUGGGCUGAGUUUUGUUUCGGGGCUGCCGGAAGAUAAAGGCGUCGACCUCUAUGUCCUGGAGAAGGCCUUCCUCAGCACCCACCCCCACACCGAGACUGUGUUUGAAGCCUUUCUGAAGAGCUAUGGUACUUCAUCCAAAAAGUCCGGUCCAGUGCUGAAGAAGUUAGAUGAAGUGCGCCUGAGAGGGAGAAAGCGGUCCAUGGUCGGGUAGCAGAGUUGCUAUAGUGACUGUCUCCCCUGAGAAUGCUGUGGGUUGUCUGGGCCUAGGCAGUGGGGUCGUUGUUAAGUGGCCUGCAAUUGUGCUGUGUCACCGUCACCUGCGGUUCACUGUUCGCAGGAGCUUAAUGUGCACAAGGCCUGGUCUAGGCAGAACUGGGUGUGUAACUCUGGCUGGCAUCAAGCUUGCUGUGUAUGGUGAGGAUCAAUAACUUUGAACUCCUUGAAUAUAGGUGUGUGCUGUCACUCCUGUUUUAUCAGUGCCCAGGGCCUCACACGUGCUAGGCAAGCGCUCUACCAACUGAGCUGCAUCCCCAGCCCUAGCCCUGGGUGUUUUCAGAUCAAAUCAAAUAGGCUUUUUCCCAAACAGUGGCUUGUGGACCUCAUGCAUUCCAGGUGGCAUUGAGCUGAGAACAAUACUGUAGGCCUGGAGAAAUAAAGACAGGGACUCAGUUUGGGAUAGUGUUUCUCUCUUUCCUCUAAUCUGCUGGGAUUUGGGUGCGUGUAUGAAGACUGUGCUUCAAGCCAGUUUAGUGGGAUAUAACCAUCACUUUGAGAGAGCAGUACAGACUCUUGACUGGGAUAUGAUGAACUGCUUUCUGAAGCGUGUUUUAGGUGUGUAUUUUUACAUGGGUGUAUUUGGAGUUUAUUAUAAAGGGUGCUUUUGAGGGGCUGGAGAGGUGGCCUUAUGAUGCUUGCUCUUCCAAAGGAUUCUAGUUCAGUUUCCAGGACUCAGACUUCAAGGGACCCAAUGGCUCUGCCUCCUCAGGCACCUCUACUUACAUGCAGAGGCCCCUCUUCCCAGAUACACACAUACACAUAAUUAUACACAUAAUAUAGUAUGGAUAAAUUCUUGAAAUAUUUUUGAAAGUCACAAUAAAAAGAUGCAAAAAUA